GAUCCCCCGUCUUUGACUUGUAGUUGCAGGUUGCAAUCGCAGCUGCUUCCGAAACUCUUGCCUCGACACAAAGAAAGGUAGCUGCAUCUGGUUUCGCCGCUUUGCUGCUGUUCGUCUGGGCGCUACCUACUCGUCGUCUCCGAUGCCUCUCCUCCUGCUUCAAGUCCUGCCAUUUGUGGGCGUCGUCACACCACUGAACCGUGAGCUCCCACCGACGUGGAUGUGAUGUCCAUCGCGUGCUGCUUGCCAGUGGUGGAGUGCGUGUACUGCCUGGCAUGCACGCGCUGGGUGUGGCAGCGCUGCCUCCACACCACCGGCUACGACAGCGAGACCUGGGGCCUCGCCUCGCCGGGGGAGUUCGAGCCCGUGCCGCGGCUAUGCCGCUUCAUCCUAGCCGUCUACGAGGACGACCUCGAGACCCCGCAGUGGGCGCCUCCGGGCGGCUACGGCAUCGAGCCCCGGUGGGUGGUGCGGCGGAGGACGCCCGAGCACACCCACGGGCGCGCCCCGACCUACCUGCUGUACGUCGACCACCGGCACGCGGACGUCGUGCUCGCCGUGCGCGGCAUGGACAUGGCCAAGGAGAGCGACUACGCCGUGCUGCUGGACAACAGGAUCGGCCAGGCGGGCUUCGACGGCGGCUACGUGCACAACGGCCUGCUCAAGGCCGCCGAGUGGGUGCUCGACGCCGAGUGCGACGCGCUGCGGGACCUCCUGGCCACCAACCCCGGCUACACGCUCACGUUCGCCGGGCACUCCCUCGGCUCCGGCGUCGCGGCCAUGCUGGCUCUGCUGGCGGUGCGCGACCGGGACCGGCUGGGCGGCGUGGAGAGGAGGAGGGUACGGUGCUUCGCCAUGGCGCCUCCCAGGUGCAUGUCGCUCAAUCUGGCUGUCCGUUAUGCCGACGUCAUUAACUCGGUUAUUCUUCAGGAUGAUUUUCUGCCUCGCACCGACAUUCCUCUGGAAGACAUUAUCAAGUCACUUUUCUGUUUGCCAUGCCUUCUGUGUGGGAACUGCCUGAUAGCUACAUGCAUACCUGAAAGUGUCAUGUUGAGAGAUCCAAGGCGUCUCUACGCACCCGGCCGGCUUUACCACAUUGUAGAAAGGAAGCCUUUCAGAUGUGGAAGAUAUCCGCCUGCCGUUAGAACAGCAGUGCCAGUGGAUGGCAGAUUCGAGCACAUAGUUCUUUCUUGCAACGCAAUUUCUGACCAUGCCAUUAUCUGGAUAGAAAGGGAAGCCCAAAGAGCAGUGGAUUUGAUGCUGGAGAAUGAGAGGACCAUGAAAGCGCCGGAAAAUCAAAGGAUGGAUGGCGAAACCGCGGCAACAAGGGAUCACAUUGAGGAGCAGCAGGCGGCCCUGAGGCAUGCUGUCACGCUAGGGAUCGCAGAUGUUAACCUGCCGUCAACAUACGGAACAUUCGACGAAAAUGCAACUCCGGAGGAGCGCCAGGCAUCGCCGGUGCUGCUUGACAGUGGCAGGCGCAGAAUGGUUUGGAAUGAGUGGAUCGCGAGGAUAUUUGAGAAGGAUGAAUCCGGGCAAAUGGUUCCACGGAGAUAGAUGAUGGUGCAUGUCAGUGGACGGAAUUAUGCGUCAGAAGUAGAAAAAUUCAGACAUUCAAUUCUUGGUAUGCAGUGCAUGCUGUCACGUGUUCGAGCAUGUUUUUUUUUUUUGAAACGGAGGCAAAAGCUUUGCCUCAUCCAUUAAAUAAGAGAGAAUAGAGUUUGUUACAAGUCACUCAA